AUGAUUCACAUCAAUCUGGAAGGAAGACACUACAUCGUGGUAGUGGAAAAUGGGUUUACCUAUUAUGUUAACAUUGGUCUUGAUAUAACCAUUAUACAUGAGAGCAAAUGGAUGCUAUGUGGUGGUUUUGGUACUGUUGGUUCACGAGAUCCUGAUAGAGGUGGGAUUUUUGAUAUUUUGGAUUUGAUCAUUGAAGCACAAGGAGAGGAUAUGGUCUCUUUAAACCUGUUACGGGCUUCUAAUGGAGAGAUUAUUGCUUUCCAAAUGGGUUUGGGAGGCUCAUUUGUGAUGUGA